GUCAGCUACCAGGAAGUUGACUCCAAAAUGGCCGAUCCUGCCGUCGAGGCUUCGACUGAGGAGACCCUGGGCUCAGGGGAGCCGGCAAAAGCCAAGCCGCAGAGCCUGAAGCGGAAGCAGAAGCAGAAGCACAAGCAGCCCCCCAAGCAGAAGCAGCCAGCGCGCCAGCGGCGGGCCAAGAACCGAAGGGAGAGCUUCGCCCCCUACUUCCCUCAGGUUCUCAAGUGCGUCCACAUGGGCCUGAGCCUUUCGCAGGAGGCAGUGAGCGUCCUGGAUUCCUUCGUGAAGGACAUGUUUGAGCGCAUCGCCCAGGAGGCCGGCCACCUGGCCCGCACCACCCAGCGCGCCACCCUCACGUCCAGAGAGAUCCAGACGGCCGUGCGCCUGCUGCUGCCCGGCGACCUCGGCAAGCACGCCGUGAGUGAGGGCACCAAGGCCGUCAUCAGAUACAGCCACUCGGAAUGAGCCUCUCGUCAGGGCCACCAAAACCACAGGCUCUUUUCAGAGCCCCCAAACCAAAGGCUCUUUUCAGAGCCACCUCCCUUGGCACAAAAAGA